AUGAUUAUAUAUAAUCACCUCUUUGUGCUUCUCGCUGCUACAUUUUUCUCAUUUGUACAAUGUAAUAAAGAAACAAUUAAUCAAAAGAACUACGAAGUAUGUUCAGGAAUGUAUUCAGCCGAAGACUGGCACGGGAAAGUCGAUCCUUAUAUCUCAUUCAACCUGAAGAAGAUAAGUGGAGAUGGCAGUACAAUUGUAGCUAUUUAUGAUUUUCAGGAUUUCGAGCAUCUAGGUGUCGAACUAGAUGAUGGGGAGCGUCACUAUAUUUGUGACGAUUACGCUUUGGAAAUGGGUUAUUGUGAUGUUGAGCAAAGUGGUCAAUUCAUAAUUACUGAUGUUGUCUAUGAUCCUUGGACUAAAACUAACAAGACCCUGGUCAAUCCAAUUGUAACCUUUACGCAAAGUGCUGUUGGUCUACAUGAUAAGAAGUACCCUAUUACAAAGACGGGGUUCUACUGUGUUACUGCUUUCGAAUCCACAUAUGAUAUGAAAUUCAAUGCAGUUGUAAAUUUUAGAAACGCAUAUGGUCAAUUAGCUGGAUCUGAAAUUAAUAAAUUACCUUUGUAUGGAUUAUUAGCAAUCGGUUAUGUUAUUGCAAUGGCAUUAUAUUCGUUUGCUUUCUGGAAACACAAACAUGAAUUAUUACCUUUACAAAAAUACCUUUUGGCUUUCUAUGUGUUCUUAACUGCUGAAACAAUCUUUGUAUGGGCUUAUUACGACAUUAAAAAUGAAAAAGGUGAUACUGCUGGAACAAAAGUUUAUAUGGUACUUUUAUCAAUCUUAACUGGUGGUAAAGUCACUUUCUCCUUCUUCCUAUUAUUGAUUAUUGCGUUAGGUUACGGUAUUGUCUAUCCAAAACUAAACAAAACAUUAAUGAGACGUUGUCAAAUCUACGCUGCAUUAAGUUACUGUGUCUGUAUUGCCUUCUUGAUUCAAAGUUAUUUAGCUGAUCCAGAAAAUCCAUCCUCAUUGAUUUUAAUAACAUUUAUCCCAUUAGCGUUAUCUAUGUUUGCUUUUUACUUUAUGAUUAUUAGAUCCAUGACAAACACAGUCAAAUAUUUGAAGGAACAAAGACAAAUUGUUAAGCUUAAUAUGUACAGAAAAUUGUUACUAAUCAUCUAUGGGUCAUUGUUAAUCAUGUUACUAGGAUUUGUAGUCACUUCAUUCAUUUUUAUGGGAAGAAAUACGAUAGACAUGAUUGAAAAAGAUUGGAGAUCAAGAUUUUUCUUUACAGAUUUCUGGCCAACAUUAGUUUAUUUCUGUGUUUUCGUGUUGUUAUCCUUUAUUUGGAGACCAACUGAUACAUCAUAUAUGUUAGCUGUAUCUCAGCAACUACCUACUGACCCAGAAAAUGUUGCUGAUUUCGAUCUAAGUGAUUUACAGUCACUGGGAGAACCAUUGGCGUCCGACUUAGAAGAUGAACACGAUAAUAUGAGUAUUAUAACAGAAGAACAGCAACUACCGGGUAGAAACAAUGCUACUUCGAAUCAGCCACAAGAUAAUCACUUAGACCUUGAUUUUUCAGACGAAGAAAUUAAUUUAAGUGAUGACGAACAUCAUCAUAAUAGAUGA